AUGGCCUCCAGCCAAUACGUCCUGUAAUCCAACCAUUGCCAUUGGCUGCGAUAUUACCACCUCUAAUGCUCGCGACAGCUCUCUAUACCGCCGCUCCCUCAAGCUAGCCCUCGACUGGGCCGUUCACCGAUAUGUCUGGCGCGGUCAGGCCAUGUACAUCCGAGGUCUCUUCGAAGCGAACAAGCAUAUCACUCAGCCAAAAGAGCAAAAAGUAUGACAUACCAAGCGCGUGGAGGAAGUACGAUGAGGAGAUGGGGCAAGAUGCUGACGAUGCGUGCUGCAGUUGCUGCUAGAGCAGACGGAGGCGCUUUUGGAGAAGUGGAAGCACCCAGACCCAUACAGACCACCCACCGCUCCCGGCGGAAGCAAGUACGAGCGGAAUCUGCCUGUACCAAACUUGGACCGUAAGUCAUGUGCGCUAUGGAGAGGAUCUGUAGGAGCUGACAUGGUGGUAGCACCUCCGCCAAUGCAUCUGUGA